GGGAAACUGAGGUUGGAUGACUCCUUCCAAAACAUUAUGGCUGAGUAGUAUCAUGAGUCGCACAAGCACUUCAUGCUGCAAAGCCUGGAGGAGGCAGAGGAGAUACAGCACGCACAGAUGUUGGCACACACGAGAGCAAGAUGACAAGAUGCCAAUACAGGCUGACGCCCGGUUUUGCUGUAGCUGCUGUAGCUGUUGCUGGGUUUCCAAAGCCAGAAACUGCACUGCAUACAGGACCACUUCGAGGAUAGCUCUGUCUUCCAUCUUCCUUCCAACUUCACUUCAAACAACUGAGUGCAUGGAGUGCUGCGCCGCUGUAUAUACAUUGUGGCCUCACUGCCGUGUGGCCACUUACUCCUCCCCGCCACCACCGGCAAACGCGUACCAAACCAGUACCAUCACUCCCCGCCAACUUUGAUGAAUAUUUAUGAAGCUAGAACAGUUCGGAACUGUAGUGUAAAAAAGGCUAAAGUGUCUGUGUACUUUGCUCACACUGACAAACUAAUUCUAACUAUUGCCACAGAGGGACACGUGUGCACUCAAGUGGUGAAAAAGAGACGUACGAACAAGCCAACCAACACAAUCAAGACAGCCCUUGCACAUCAUUACUAGGGGGCGCAGAGCCACUAACAGCACUGACACAGACAAAGGCAUAAAUACACACAGUGUCACUUGUCAGUGGAGGGGGGACAGCGCUCAGAAUCUACACAUGAAGUGUUGCUGUUGGAGAUGUAAUGUGGCUCUCCGAACAAAAUUCAUUGAAGGAGCAAUUCAAGCUUGCAAGAGUGGUCAACGUGACCGCUCCAAAGACUUUGUCUGGGAUGUCCAUAUGAAAUUCCCCGCAAGUGUGCUCAUGUGAAGAUUCCAAAGCAAACCAAAAGUCAUGGGAACCGCAAGGUACCACCCUGUAUCUGGAUGUACGACAGAUCCUUCUCCCAGUAGAUGAACAAGUUAGCACCCAUCAGGCAAGCUGGUUUCUGCUAUCUUCCCAUGUCGCGCCAUGCCAAGAUUGAGUGUGAGGUGUCGCUGUGGUCCAUGCCUGGGCCCGGGCUUGCUUUGAUUGACAGCCUCAAUCGUUUCUCGCUGUGUGAUGUUCUACACUGUAGCUGAAAUGAACCCUGCCAGAUCCUUCACCCCUGCUAUGUUCAAGAGGAACUUCAUGAACCACUGGGUGUACUGGGUGGGUCCCAUGAUCUGUGGUGCUAUGGGCACCAUCAUGUACGACUUCAUGCUCUUCCCCUGCAUGCACUGCCUGGCCGAGAGGGUAGCCACCCUGAAAGGCAGUCGGCCUCUGGAGCAGGACCCUUGUGUGGAGGCCAUCAAGCUCAAGACCUAUACCGUAAGCCUGACACCAAGCCAGGAGAAGCAGAGGCCAGCCAGACUUAUUAUAGUAGCCCCCCUACUUCCAGCAACCCACCUCUUCUCCUCCCAGCAAUCCAGCUCUCCUCCUCAAACUUCACCCCUGCCCCGUCACCAACAACCAGCAACCCCAACAAAAGACUGACAUCUGCCCUAUCCAAGCCCCCCACCAUCAUGGACAUGGUAUGAUGUGUGUGCAUGUAUGUGUGUGUCUUUGUACUUCGCUCACACUGACAAACUAAUUCUAACCAUCGCCACAGAGGGGCACGUGUGCACUCAAGGGGCAAAAAAGACACCUGCGAACAAGCGAACUAACGCAAUCAAGACAGCCCUUGCACAUCACGUGCUAGGGGGUCACAGCCACUAACAUUCAGACUAACAGCACUGACAGACAAAGGCAUAAAGAAUCAGAAUCUACACUCAUGACAAGGGUGAGCUAGAACGGUCAACUUGGACAUACAUAUUUUUUUCAUUACAUUUUAUUGCCGGUAUGAUCUCAACUAUUUUGUUUUUCAUUUUUGUUUUCUACAAUACAAUAUGUGGAUGUUUGAUGUGAAUGUGUGUGUGAGGGACUGAAUGUUUUAUUUUGGGUUUAUAUAUACAAAGCAUGCAUGUGUUUUUGUUCGAGUGUGUUUGAAAGAG